GGAAGGACUCCAAGCUGGCGACUGCUUCCACAGACCCUGUCGGCAUUUGGCGCCUUUCUGAAAGAAGGCUCCUCGACAAGAGCGGGGAGCAGAAGAAAGGAGAAGAGAGGCGAGGAAUCCCAGCUUAUAGGGCGGGCUGAUUCUUUCGUCCGGCGGCCUUGCUAAACCCCCGGAAGUCUCCCCCGGCUCCAUCAGCGAGGCGGAGCUACCUUGCCGCAGGCGCCUAUUUCUUUCCCAGGCAAUAGGGUGGGAGGAAGGGGCUGGGCACUUUCUAAAGGGAAGCGGCGCGGCAGCAGCAAGGAAGUCUGUCCGGAACUAGCUCUCGCCUGGCCCGCCUCUUUCUCUCCCGCUCGCUAGUGUUUCCUCCUGCCUCGGCCGGUGCCGGCCAUGCGGCUGGGUGGCGAGAUUCUCGCCCUUGUCUGCUUUAGCUUCAGGGGCAGGAGAAGUGCCUGACUGCCAGGGCUGGUCUGCUUCUUCAUGUUGCGUGGCCGGUGAGAAAAGCAGGCAGGCGACGAGGUGGACAACCCAGGGGCGCGGGGAAAGGGGAGGUCUUUUUUAAAAAGGAAGGAGCCCUGGGGAGAAAAUGUUGCUCUCUCUGGUGCUGCACAGCUAUGCCAUGCGCUACGUACUGCCCGCCGCUAUGAUGAUGGGCACCGCCCCCACCUACCUACUGGCCUGGGGAGCCUGGCGCCUGCUCUCCGCCCUGCUGCCCGCCCGCUUCUAUCACCAGGUGGACGACCGGCUGUACAGCAUCUACCAGAGCAUGGUACUCUUCUUCUUCGAAAACUACAGCGGCGUACAGGUAAUUAUCUAUGGUGAUUUGCCAAAAACAAAAGAGAAUGUAAUAUAUAUAUCAAAUCAUCAGAGUACAGCUGACUGGAUUAUAGCAGCUAUGUUGGCCAUCAGGCAGAAUGCUGUUGGACAUGUUCGAUAUGUUUUGAAAGAUGGGUUAAAAUGGUUUCCUUUGUACGGGUGGUAUUUCUAUGAGCAUGGAGGCAUCUUUGUAAAACGAAGUACCAAAUUUGAUGAAAAGAAAAUGAGGAACAACCUACAAGCCCAGGCGAAAGCUAAGACUCCAAUAUAUCUUGUGAUUUUUCCCGAGGGAACACGUUAUAAUCCAGCGCGCACAAAAGUCCUUGCGGGUAGUCAAGAAUAUGCUAUUAAAGAAGAACUUGCAGUGUUAACUCAUGUUAUCACACCACGAGUGAAGGCUACACAUAUCGCUGUAGAUGAACUGAAAGAUUUAGAUGCUGUCUAUGAUGUUACAGUGGCAUUUGAAGGUACUAUGGAUCUUAAUGGACAAAGAAAAGAGGCACCAUCCAUGACAGACCUUCUCUGUAAGGAGUGCCCAAGAAUCCAUAUUUAUGUUGAUCGAAUUGAUGUAAAGGAUAUUCCAAAAGAACGGAAGCAUAUGAAAAGAUGGCUUCAUGAACGUUUUGUGGCCAAGGAUAAGUUACUAAUAGAAUUCUAUGAUGCAAAAGAUCCUACACGAGGAAACAAGUUCCCUGGGAAAUGUGUUCAUUCCAGAAUGAGCCUCAAGAAAACUUUACCAUCCUUCCUAUUUUUAACUGUCCUGACUGCUAGUAUAUUAAUAACAGAAUGUGGAAGAAAACUUUACAUUAAAACAUGGCUAUAUGGGACUUUAUUUGGCUGGCUGUGGGUCAGUGUAAUAUAAGGGGAUCCUACAGUCUGACACUCUUUGUCCUGUCUUUCACCUCACAUAAAACUCUUUCAUGAAUUUAUAAUGAAAUGUAAAUAAAGCCUUAUUAAUGGAA